GAAACACAGUACCCAGUCAGUCCGUCAUCAUCGGGUAGCGGGUCAAGUGUUUUAGCGAAUCCUAGGGCAGAUACUGAUCGCGAGUGCUAUUAUCAGAACGAUUCCGAAGAUCAACUUGCGCGCGUCGUCCUGUCCUGGGUCGUGUGGCCAACGGAAAGUGUUUGCCGUGAUGGUUUAUGGGGUUUCAAGUUACUUUCUACGGGGAUAUCUGUUCGUUCUGUAGGACGGUUAUAUUGUGCAACAAGUGUUCCUGGUGAUGAUACCUGUGAGUCGAUUUGUGGAAAGUAGCACAUCUUUUGAAAACAAGUGAUAAGCGAAAAGUUUGAUUAGAUUGGAGGCUUGUAUCGUUAUACAUAGUAUCGGUAUGAUGCGUUCGACCUAACAUCCGAUUUACCAUCAUUUAUGUGUGUUUCUAGUGAUCGCCGUUAACAAGUAUUGCAACUUCAGUGACUACCGAUGCCACGCUCAUCCAGAUGAAAGAAAUUAACGACCAUAAAGUGAGAGCUUCCAAAUACACAUGGUGGUAAAAAUAGUCAACAAGUGUCAAAUUUAUAGUGAAGCAAUUGGAAAAUAUCGUCACGCACGGGGAAAAUAAGCGUAAAGGCUCUAAAGAGAAAAAUAAUUCAAGAGCUAUGGCAAAAGUGACCGUUUCUGAUGCUGUUUCUGGUGCAGACAGAUAAAUUACUGACCAAUUACACGGUCUAACACGGGUUGUGAACUUUCAAACGAUUUUUUACAGUAGUGUUAUAGCAUGACAAAAAGUAAAUAGAUCACCUCAUUGUUGGUGUUCGUUGCCUUUGAGAAGAGGCGGGAGACGAAAAAAGAGGAAUUGUGAUACAAAUCGUAUGAUAGCAAUAUUAGCACUAAUUAAUAGCUCUCUGUGACUGCCAGUGAAUUAUAGCUCCGAAGUGUCGCGCUCGUGAUUCCGAAUAGUAGUUAUUUUCUGCAUUGUUAUAAUAAUCCACAAAUAGUGAAUAAUAAAAAAGCAGCAAGCCACCACCUACGACUCCUGGACUAAUUAACCCCGAAUUUCGUCACUGACCAGUCAUGAGACUAACAGGGUUCGAUACGUGGUUUUGUGUUUGCGCAUCGAAAGCCAACGUGUUACGUCAACGAAUUUCGGCAUAAUUCCAGUAAUUUGCUGAAGGUUUUUUUUCGCUAGUCGGUACCACAGUGGUCAUCGUUGCGGCGGAUCUAAUUAGUCACAAAAGCCGGCAGACAACAGGUGAAUGCUUGGCCAACACUAGUAUAGUGGCCUCGGGUGAUGAACUGACAUAACAAACCGACCAACCCAAACUUGUAUCGAUAAACGAAAGACAGAGCACUUACACCUAGGUGGGAAACGAUUCCGGGCGAUAAGAUCGGUUUCUUAUCAUUCAAAGAUGAUCAAACAAGAUUUGUGCCGGUAACGAAUAACCUCCCAAAUAAUGGCUAGUCUCCAUCAGUCGGACACCUGAAGGCAUCUGACGAUUGUUCCGAAAUUCUGUGAUAAAUAUUUCAAUAUUGGACGAAAUCGAGCACAUCAGCAAGAUCAACGAUGGACAACCAACAGGACCAGCAGAAUCAGAUGGAAACGCACUCGCUCAAUCCGGUACCGAACCGGCGAGCGAUAAACGAUCUGCACUUCAAUGCAAUCAACACCAGCUACAACAAAUUGAAUAAUGCCAGAACUAAACUGAACAACAACAGCCAGAACAAAUUGAACAAUAACAAUGUAGUGGUACAAAACGAUGACGCAAAAGUGUUACUUCUGCCAUCAAAUCAUCGUAAAUUCAUCAUCGUUCCAUCACAGCCGGGAAGUGCCAUCGAUAGUAGUGCAGGAACUUCCUCGCCAUCUCCGCAACCCCCACCAGCCUCAACGUGGCAACCAACCGGUAGCAGUAACAUUAAUAAUAAUAAUAACCAUUCUAAUAGCAGCAGCCAUAAUAAUCCGCAUGUAGCUAAGUUCGAGAUCGGGGAGAGUUCCUCAAGUGGGCCUAGCUCAACGCUCAAUCCAACCUUCCCCAUGGGGCCCAGUUCUAAGCCAAAGCAAUUCCACAGUUUGAGAUCGGUACGUUCUGCAACGGACCGGGCGGGAAUCGCCGAUGCCCAUCUCAAUCCGACCAUCAUUCGAACCGGUUCGUACAUCUUCAGUGAAGCUGGCGGAACCCCUCGACUGUUCUCCGACGCAACAUCGAUCCGGUCGCUGGCUUCGAUCGGCGUGGGGUCCACCGACGGCCGACGGAUGGUGAUUCGUCGAGUGCCCAAUUCGCCCACCGAGCUACUAACCAUCAUCAAUCCGCCAACACCGCCGGAUGAACCGUACGACAAUGACAGCUACACGGGCAUCUCCGAUGACUCGGACAUCGAUAACCUGAAGCCCCGAAAGCAGCACUGGGCCAACAAGAUGCAAUUCGUACUGGCCUGCAUCGGAUACUCGGUCGGACUGGGCAACGUGUGGCGGUUUCCCUAUCUGUGCUAUAAAAGCGGGGGAGGUACGUUUUGGGCAAAGUUCGAAAGUGAUGCUGAUAAACGCAACCCCGUGCCUAUCAGGCACGGUAAGCAUAAAGCCGCAUCACACCAAGAAUUUGGGGUCACCUGUAUGGUGGACUUCUACCACCGGAACAGGCAAUCCGUAGCGUUAUACACGGGCAUCUCCGAUGACUCGGACAUCGAUAACCUGAAGCCCCGAAAGCAGCACUGGGCCAACAAGAUGCAAUUCGUACUGGCCUGCAUCGGAUACUCGGUCGGACUGGGCAACGUGUGGCGGUUUCCCUAUCUGUGCUAUAAAAGCGGGGGAGGCGUUUUUUUGGUACCGUAUUUCAUAAUACUGCUAUUCUGUGGCAUUCCGAUGCUGUUCAUGGAGCUUGCCGUGGGACAGUACACAGGGCGGGGGCCGAUUGGGGCAUUGGGGCAACUGUGCCCGUUGUUGAAAGGUACCGGUUUAGCCAGUGUUGUUGUAUCAUUCCUCAUGUCGACCUACUACAGUGUGAUCAUCGCCUACGCCAUCUACUACUUUUUCACAUCGUUCCGACCGGAUUUACCGUGGACAGACUGCUCCCACCGAUGGAAUACACCGGACUGCUGGGUCCCCGAGCGCAUGAAGCACAACAUCAGCCGACCGGAAAUGUCGCGGACGCCCACCGAGGAGUUCUUCGAAAACAAGGUUCUCCAAAUCAGUCACGGCAUUGAAUAUCCCGGAGGCAUGCGAUGGGAACUGGUGGCAUGUCUGAUUUGUGCGUGGAUCCUAGUCUACUUUGCCAUCUGGAAAUCGAUAAAGUCUUCAGCUAAGGUACGGUACCUUACGGCGACACUUCCGUUCGUGCUGAUCAUCGUGUUUCUAGGUCGGUCUCUCACACUUGAAGGGGCUGACAAGGGCCUGAACUACUUCUUCCGACCCAACUGGGAGGAGCUCGGUAGGGCAAAUGUAUGGAUCAACGCAGCGGCGCAGAACUUCAACUCUAUUGGCAUUGCAUUCGGUUCGAUGAUAUCUUUCGCCAGUUACAAUAAAUACAACAACAACAUUCUUCACGAUACGCUGGCCGUGUCGUUUGUGAAUGGCAUCACUAGUCUUUUGGUGGGAAUCUUCGCGUUUGCAACUAUCGGAAACAUUGCCCUGGAACAGAACACAACCGUGGAAGAUGUCAUUAGCGGCGGUCCAGGGUUGAUAUUUGUGGUGUAUCCUCAAGCUUUGGCUAAGAUGCCGGCCGCACAAAUGUGGGCUGUUCUCUUCUUCUUUAUGUUGCUGUGUCUGGGGUUGAACAGUCAGUUCGCCAUUGUAGAGGUGGUGGUCACAUCGAUCCAAGAUGGGUUCCCACGUUGGAUAAAGCGGAAACUAGUCUAUCACGAAUUGCUAGUGUUGAUAGUUUGUGUGGUGUCGUUCUUCGCUGGCCUACCAAAUUUGAUACAGGGCGGAAUUUACUUCUUCCAACUAAUUGACCACUACGCGGCAUCAAUAUCGAUCAUGUUCUUAGCAUUCUUUGAAACGGUAGCCAUAGCCUGGUUCUAUGGAAUCAAUCGAUUAUCGAAAAACGUCAAGCAGAUGACUGGCAGGUAUCCAUCGUUCUAUCUGCGGUUUUGCCUACUGAUCGCUGUUCCAGCUAUGCUAAUCUCACUGUGGAUCUUCAGUCUGAUCAACUACGAGGCACCGACCUACCACAACGGGAAAUACAUCUAUCCUGGUUGGGCUCACGGUUUGGGAUGGGCGAUCACAGGCGCAUCAUUAAUUUGCAUUCCAGCAUUUGCCAUCUACCAAAUAGCUCGUGCGGAAGGAGCUACGAUAGGACAGAAAUUCAUGAAUACAUUAAAGCCUAAUCUGUACGAGUGUAAAGUCUGCGGUGAGCAUCAUUGUGACCACGAGUUCCCGGAGGAAGAAUACGGCCGUGAAAUGGCUCUCGUGGAUUCUACUUCAGGGGCACCAUUGAUUCUGCAAGCUCCUCCACUAGGCAAUCAACAGGUGACGGUGAAUGGUGACAGGAACCUCCCAACGGGCAGAAGUUCCCCUCGGCCGGAAGAAACAGGAAGACGAUGAUAAUUCCUGCUAUACGUGGAGCCAUACAGUAAUAAUAAAUAGUCAAAACGCUUAUUUCAACUAGAAAUUCAAUUCUCAUCACCAGUCAAACAACAACAUAACCGAAAUAUUAAAAAACCUAUAAGAUUCAAAAUCAAAAAUUCAAAGAAAAGACAAAUGUAGGUAGAGAAUAAAAACAAUUCUAAACAUAGUCGCGGGAAUCCAUUUUCUAGGAUCUAGAUUUUACAAAGUAAACUCAAUGUGAUGCUGCUGAUUUUAAACCCAAAUUUAGGACUUUGAAGAAAGCAUAAACUAUACACAUCUAGAGGUAAAUAGUCCGUCUCGCAUGAGGAACAAAGAAAAUAAACGAACAAAAAUAAAUUAAACACAAAUUUAUAAAAGACAGUUAAACUUUCGAAAAAAGAAGGAAUAGUUGUACAUGUUUUGUUCAAAUAAAUCUGUCGCCUAGUUCA